GCUGUUUGAGUCAUCUCUUUGCUUCUCUUUGGCAUGGGCCUCAGAACCCCGACCAGCCCGUCUUCGCCCAGGUUGUAUAGCACCUUCCUGAAGGCGCAGGAGUCCUCGCCAACACUGGUGCUUGCCCAUGCGAAGAUUGGGGACUCAGGUGCGCAAGAAGUGGCGGAGUUUGCGAGCAGAAGUCCGCAUUUGCGGCUGCUGGAUUUGACUGGCUGUAACGUCACGUCCACCGGCGUACUUCACGUUGCGGAGGCCUUGCGGUGUAGCCUCACGUUGGAGAGCCUGGUGCUUCGCCACAACGACCUGACCGCUGGCCCUGCCGGGGAGGAGGGCUUGGCGGCGCUCUGCCAAGCGGCGCGCAGCAGCUCUUCUUUGAG